AUGCAGAAGUCAGAAAUAACUGCUAAAAGAACUCGCACUGCUAUCAGUGUUAAAUUAAAAAAAGAAAUUUGUGAAUAUAUGAUGGCUCACCGAAAUGUUAAACAUGCUGAUGUUGCCUCUUUCUUUAAUAAUAAAUACAAAGAACUAAAUAUUGAUAUUGAUAGAACAAGUAUUUCCAAAAUAUUUAAAGAUAAAGAUAAAUGGUUGAAUUUAGUUUCUGAUAUGAUUGGAGUGGACAAAUUUCGUCAGCAUUCAACAAGAUUUCCUGAAUUUGUUAAAGCAAUGCAAAUAUGGACCGCACAAAUGGUUUCUGCUGGAAUGCCUUUAAGUGAUUUAAUUUUACAAAGAAAGGGGGAGGAAUUCGCAAGAGGAUUAAAUAUUGAAAACCAAAUAAAAUGUGCAAAUGAACGUUCAAAAUUGCAAUUUAUUUUAAGUCAAUAUAAUGAAGAAGAUAUCUAUAAUGCUGAUGAAACAGGAAUUUUCUUUAGGAUGCAACCCAACCAAACAUUAAGUACUGGCCCAAUUUCAGGAUAUAAAAAAUGGCUCAAUUAUCAUGAUAGAUUUUUUUGUGCAAUGGACAGAAAGGUUGUUCUUCUAAUUGAUAAUGCUGGGUCACAUUUUAAUCCAAAGCAACUUGAACAAUCUAAUGAAAACUCUACCAUUGUCAAUGAUCACAAUGAAGAAAUUAUAAUUAUCAAUGAAGAAUCAAGUUCAUGUUCUGAUAAUGAAGAACCAAUUGCAGAAUCAUCUCAUUUUGAUCAAAAUGUACCAACUAAAGAAUACCUUAAUGAUGAAGAAAUUAUAAGUCUUGUCCAAUUUGAAAAAAUGGACGAAAAUGGUAAUGAUUCAUCAUCAGAUGAAGAAAUACCUUUGAUACCAGUAAAAAAUGCAAUUAAUGGUUUAGAAACAUUUAUUAAUUUUUUUGAGCAACAGAAAAACAAUGAAAAAUUUAAAAUUGAUGAUUUGCACAUUUUUUAG